AUGACCAGUACUGCUUUCUUCGGACUGGAUGAGAUGCACCUUCUAGGUCAUGGUACAGGCCAGCAGCUCUACGUUGCACUUGGAGGAAAAUUCUGCCCCACAAUCAAUGACAGUGGAAGAAAUGCACAUGGCAUUCACUUGCAAGACCGGUUGAAACACCACAGAUACCCAUUUGCCCUGGAUGUCAGUCUGGAAGAUAUCAACAUAGCAAUUUGCGCAUCCAGGGCCAAUAUACCAGCCAAUUUCACAGGAAUGUGGAGAUCCUUAAAGGAAUUAAACGGCAAGAGGAAGACUGUUGAUUGGAUAGACUUCCUCUUGUUUGUUGUUCCAACAAUUGUCAUCAAUCAUUUCGUUUUUGAUCGUACGAAAGCAGCAGUAAUGAAAAUUGUUACUGCAUGCAGAAUUGCCCAGCAGUGGAGGAUCACUGCUGCCAAUAUCCAAGAAGCAGAGGAGGCCAUUGGUCACUGGCAUGCCUCCCUCCAUUGUGAGAUCAAAGAAAAGAGGCUGAAGCCUACAGUUUUUGUGAUAAACCAGCAUAUGCUGGUUCAUUUUGACUAUAUGAUGUGGGAGAUGGGCCCUCUUCAGGCAUACAGUUGUAGGCCAAUCAAAAGGACAAUUGGUGUCUACAGCGUGGCAAUCAAGUCGAGAAAGAAACCAGGAAAGAACAUGGAGAAUCUCUUGCUCAGAAAGGCAGAAAUCAAUCACUGUCUUGGUUGCCAACCUGUCAUUUGUGUCACAAAUGACAGAAGGACCAGCAACUUCGAAGUUGCAAGUAACGAUGUUGCUGGUCCUCAACUUUGGUCCAGGCCAACUGGAAGCUCUCUGGCUGAGUUGGCUGCCGCCAUUGGCAUAGAGUGCCAGGACUUGAUCCGCAGUUUGGUGCCUUUCUGGGCAAGAGAAGGCAUUGUUUCCUUUGAGGAAAACGAUGAAGUGGUUUGCGCCAACAAGAUGUGGAAAGACUUGGUGGUCUAUAGAGUCCGGUCCUCUGUUGACAACAGGCAUGGUUGA